AUGGCCGAACAGUCAGAGAUAGAGGAGCUUCAGCUGGCUCUAGAGUCUGAAAUAUGCGGACUGACUAAAGAGGAACUUAUUAAAGUUGCAAAACUUGUUAAUGUUAACACCGAAGGACUUCGAAAACUCCAAAUUUCGAAAAGAAUACGAGAGAAAAUGGAGGCGGACAUCGAAAAAUCAGAGGAUAAAAAGACUUUAUUGGAAGAAUUGAACAAUGUAGUUGGUCUGGAACCACCACCGUUAGAGAAUCCAAAUGAUAAUACUGUAAAUCAAGUUGAAAACGAGGGACAACAGGAAGAAGCUCAAGAAACUCAGCCUGAGCCUAAAGCAAAGGAGGCUGAAACUAAGGUUAAUGUGGACAUAGCCAAAGCAUUUAAACGUGACUUUAAAAUUUUUGGAACCAUCAGUGGUGAAAGCCACAAAGAUGGAUUGUCUUUUGUCAGUCUUGUUCGACAAAUUGACACUGGCAUAAAAUCUGGGUACAAGGAAACUGAAAUAAUUGAAGCAGUGAUACGUGCAGUGAACCCUAGUUUAAAAUUGCGCUCAUACCUAGAAAUGAUGAGUGGGUUGUCCUUGUCUCGUUUGAAGCAAAUUUUAAGGGCGCAUUUCAAGGAAAAGUCUACAACAGAAAUUUACCAGGAACUUGCACAAUUGUGCCAAGUGCCCAAAGAAUCUGCCCAAGAUUUCCUGAUCAGAGCAAUGAACUUACGUCAACAGGUCAUAUUCUCAUCACAACCAGUAGAUAGCACUGUAAAGUAUGAACCAUCACUGGUUCAAUCAUUGUUCAUUCAUGUUGUCGAGACUGGGUUGCAACAAGAAUCCAUCCGAGCCAAACUACGCCCCCUCCUUGAGAAACCAAGUGUCAAUGAUGAGGAACUGAUGGACAGAGUCAAUCUAGUUGUUUCGGCUGAGACAGAGCGACAAAAUAAAAUGGGAGUGUUGGUUAAAAAGAGCCUACAUGUCAACCAGAUUAAUAAUAGCCCAGACUCUGCCCAGGAACCACAGAAUCCAAAGAUGAGAAAGAAAAUCGGUAAUGAAGAAAAGGAGUGCAAAUCUAAUAAGUUGGUCGCAGCCUUGGAAGCGGUACAGUCUGACCUAGCAUCAUUAAAGGAAGCUUUUAACAAGUCGCAGAUAUCCGGUAAAGAUGCAUCCAAACAAGAUCCAGAUCAGCGGAGCCAGUACAAGAGAAAGAGUACUUUGUGUAAGAAAUGUCAAUAGUCAGGUGAGGAGAAAUGCAUUCAUUGUUACAAGUGUGGUUCGACAGAACAUUUCGCUAAGGGGUGUAAAAAGCCCCAGGGAAACGAAAGGAGGCUACGCCCGGGAGUAGCUGAACAAACUCAUUUGUCUCAUGCCUGUGCAUUCUGCAAAAGAAGAGACUGAUAUACUGUUUAAUCAAUGUAGUAAAUGCAACUUUUCCAGUAUUGUUCAAAAGUAUGUCAAGAAAAACACUGGGGUGAACAUAAAUCCUUGUGCAAGGAACUAUCGCACUUAAAUGAACAAAACAUUAUAAAUAGAGAAGUUAAUAAAGGAACAUACGUAUGUCAUUUGUCGCCUAAAGAAGGCGCAACUGUAGUUCGGUUAGUUGGGAAAAAAUGCACUGUUAAAUGUUUCCUGAAUGGGGUGGAGUCGACCGCUCUUUGGGAUACUGGAGCACAGCUAGGUAACCAUAGUUUCUCAUGAUUGAGUCUUAAAGAACUUGCCUAAAGCUCAAUUGCGUACUGUAGAGUCCCUUCUUGGGGCGAGUCAGCUAGAUCUAAAAGCGGCCAAUGGGACAGCCCUACCAUAUGAUGGAUGGAUGGAUGGAUUGACAUAGAUUUUAAAUUAAUGGGGACAAAUCAUGAUUAUGGGAUUAAAGUACCUUUCUUGGUUGCAAAGAAUGUAUUGGACUUACCUAUCAUUGAGUCACACAAAACUCUACCAGUGACACAGAACAACCACUUUAUCUAGAUGCACUGUCCUCAAGCAUGGUUGGGGUGGAACGGGAUAGGGUCGAAGCCCUUGUAGAGUUCCUAAAGGCUGAGAGGCCAACUGAGCUAUCUGUACUUAAAACUACGAAAAGGGACAUAGUUAUUCCACCUGCCCAAUCAGUCAGAGUUUCCUGCCAUGUUAUUGUUGGUCCUAUCGAAGGCAGGAUACCUGUGUUGUUCGAACCAAACCCAGAAUGGCCAUGGUCUGAUGGUCUUGAAGUUCCAGAGACACUGACAACGAUUUCCAGAGGAUCAUGA